UCAUAAACCAACCCAUUCAUUUUAGAGAGAGAGAGAGAGAGAGAGAGAGGGAUGAGCAGUAGUAGGAGGAGGAGGAGGGGGAAGGAGAGAGUGAGAUGGAUACAACACUACAACAAUGGGCAGAAGAUAUUGUUGGUUGGUGAAGGUGACUUCUCAUUUUCAGCAUGUUUAGCUAGAGCUUUUCGCUCUGCUGUUAACAUGGUUGCAACUUCUCUUCAUUCUCAAGAGUUGUUAAGGGUGAAACACUGGACAAGUCAAGCAGAAUUGCAGACAUUGGAGAGACUAGGAUGCCUAAUUUUGCAUGAAGUGGAUGUGUAUGAGAUGGGCUACCAUCCCACACUAAGUCGCAUGAAAUUCGAUGUUGUAAUAUUUAAUUUUCCUCAUGCAGGCCAUUUUUAUGGCUUUUGUGAAAGAGAUGAAGAGCUUAUUGAGAUGCACAGGGAGCUUUUGACAGCUUUUUUAGAGAAUGCAAGAGAUUUGCUGGAGGAAGGCGGUGAAGUGCAUGUCACACACAGGGAUGACUAUCCUUACAACACAUGGCGUUUGGAAAAGCUAGCUUCAAAAACUGGCUUUAAUUUGAAAGAGAAAGUGGGGUUUGAAAAGGAGAACUACCCAGGAUACCAUAACAAGAGAGGUGGUGAUAUCAACUGCAACAAGCCAUUCCUUCUCAAACUCUGCUUCACUUUCAAAUUCACUCUCAAGAAAAGUUAUUUGCCGAAGAAUAAUGUCAUUGACCACAACGCUCAAAUGGUGAAGAAGAUUGACACCGUAAGUGGUGACAGGGUGAAAUGUAUCGUUAAAAGUUCUAUGUCAAUGAAUGAUGUCGUUGACGACCACGAUAAAAUGGUGAGGAAGAUUGACAUUGUAAGUGGUGACAGGGUGACAUGUAUUGUUAAAAGAUCUUUGCCGAUGCAUGCUGUCGUUGACGACCACGAUAAAAUGGUGAGGAAGAAUGACAUUGUAAGUGGUGAUAGGGUAAAAUGUAUCGUUAAAAGUUCUAUGCCGAUGAAUGAUGUCAUUGACGACCAUGACAAAAUGGUGAGGAAGAAUGACAUUGUAAGUGGUGAUAGGGUGAAAUGUAUCGUUAAAAGUUCUAUGCUAAUGAAUGAUGUCAUUGACGACCACGACAAAAUGGUGAGGACGAUUGACACGGUAAGUGGUGACAGGGUGGAAUGUAUCGUUAAAAGUUCUCUGCCGAUGAAUGAUGUCGUUGACGACCAAGAUAAAAUGGUGAGGAAGAUUGACAACGUAAGUAGUGAAAAGGUGAAAUGCAUCGUUAAAAGUUCUAUGCCGAUAAAUGAUGUUGACGACCACGAUAAAAUGGUGAGGAAGAUUAGUGGUGAUAAGGUGGAAUGUAUCGUUAAACGUUCUACGCUCGUGAAUGAUGUCGUUGAUGACGACGAUAAGAUUGAUACUGUAAGUGGUGACAGGGUGGGAUGUAUUCUUACUGCUCUCUCUUUUUUUAUACCAUGGUUAUUAAAAUUGCGAUCUGGAUCGUAGGAUCGUACGAUCCUACAAUCCUAUGUUGCUAAAACGAUCCAUAUCAUUGUAGGAUCGAUAUUGUAACGGGGUUGUAUAGGAUUGUAGGUAAGAUUGUAAGUAUGAUCGUAAAUUUUGUGAUUUUUCACUUUAGUUUUAAUAUGUAUCAUUCUAAAUUGUAUUUUUAUCUUUUUUGUAAUAGAAAAUAGAAUUUUACAAUUAUCAACCCGAUCCUACAUCUGAUCCA